AGAGAGAAAGGGUGAGAAGGAAAUAGAGAGAGGAAGAGAGAAGAGAGAGAGAGAGAGGAAGAUUAGAGGGGGAGUUUUGGAGCAACAGGGAAAGAUUGAGCUAUAAGAGAGAGACAGUAGUGACAGAAGGAAGAAGUGUGAGAGAAAAAAUAGAUAAAUCUAGAGGCAUGGGAGAAGGAGAGAUACAAUAAUGGGAUAAAGUGGGGUGGGGGUAAUAGACAAGAAAAGAUGAGAAGAAGAGUAGGCGAGGGUGAGAGGGAAAAGUAAAGGAGGAGAGAGUAAGAAAGAGAAAAAGAGAGUGAGGCAAUGAGGUUAGAGAGUGAGUGGGAGAAUGAGUGAGUGAGUGAGUGAGUAAAUGAGACAGACAGACAUAAACAGAGAAUGUGAGAGAGGUAGAGAGAAUGCAGACAGUGCUCUGGGAGACCCACUGUAAAUGUGAGAGAGAGAUAAAAAAAAAGAAAGAAGGGGAGAGGCAGAGAGAGAGAGAUGCACAGGAGUGAGGGAGACAGAAUAGGGGCAGUAGAGGAUGCAGUUUGGGAAUGUAUCACUAUGUAACUCAUUGUGAGAAGAUCUGAGUUCUAUACUCACCAUUUCAGAGAUCUCUGCACUCUGGGCACAGUGGGCUCUGGAUGUCUGUGAAGAGCAGGAUGGGCUCCCAGGGUUCCAGGAGGGCCCCCCUCUGAGUAUACUGUCUGCACAGGAGCAGGCUUAGCAUCAACAGGAGCCCAGCAGCCCGGAGAGAGACAGGCUCCUCAUGAAGCUCUUACCUGAGUAUGACAUUCAACUUGAAAGUCUGACGUUAAAUGGAUGGAUGUCAGAUGUAAGAAGUGGUGAUGAGCUCAGAUCACUUGCACCACUUUCAACUCAAACCCUAGGGGAGGUGCAGUAGAUUUUUUUGUGAAGCUAUUUCAGCCCCCGGUAGGAAUGCAGGAGGUAAGUGCUCAAUUACACCACAACCAGCACUUUGUUCCUUCCUCAGACACUUUGGAUUGCUGAUUUGCCCCUUUUGAUUAUAAAGUCUGAUAUAAUUUUGGCUUCAUGAACAUGAUGAGACAACUCAUUUAGCAACAACCUGAGCUAUGGCACCUUCAAAUGGUCGAUCUUACGAAAUCAUAAUCUUUUCUUUCUUGUAGCUGGUCUUCCCUAUAGUAUUUGCCUAUUCAAUGAUAAUGGCUGUGUUAUGUAAGCAUGGUAGGUUACCAUUAAAAUAAAUUUUUCUUGGACUGAGGAGAUAAAAUAUUGUCUGGAGCUGUCCACUCAGGACCACCAAUCAGACCUCUGUGAGGAGAAAUUCCUGGGGAGCUGUUCCUUCAGGACCACCAAGCAGACCACUGUGAGUAGGAGAAAGUCAUAGGGAGCUAUCCAUUCAGGACCACCAAACAGACCAGUGUGAGUAGUAGAAAGUCCUGAGGAGCUGUCCAUUCAGUACCACCAAACAGAUCACUGUGAGGAGGAGGAAGUCCUGGGAGCUGUCCCUUCAGCACUACCAUUUGGUACUUUGUAGACACACAGAAAAGGGCCACCUGCUGACUCUCAGCAUCUCAAUACUUCUCAUUCACAUCCAAGGAACGAGCAUCGGGUUCACCUCAUGAGGUUUACCAGGAUAUUGUGGGUUCUGGUUACGUGAUGGCAGUCAAGGAAGACUUGUGAAGGACACAUUUAACCUUAAUAGUGAAUUGUGUACAAGGCAGCUCCAGGGGGAUUUGGGGUGAUUGGCAGAAGGAGAUAGAGACUUGACAAAAGGUGACACAUAGAACCGUGAAGAAGAAUUGGGGUCAAACCUAUGCCUUAAAUGAGAUGACCAGGCAAUAUGUAUUAAUGUCUCUCAAGUAAUCUGUGAGUUUCUUCCUAGUGUUUCACUGAACAUCUUCAUUAUUAAUUUUCUGAAAACAAAACCAAUAUAAAGAGCAACUUUUUACUGGGAAUAUGAAAUGUUUGAGGUGGUGACGGUUUUAGUCACAAGGUGCGACCCUCCAGGAGGGAAAGACAAGAACCAACACAUGUUCCUCUCUAGCUGGGAUCCUAAAUAUCAUGAUUAAGCAUGAGGAUGUGUGACAGAGGUGUCCAGAUGUUAAUUACCACUGUGGGUGCCUUUGCAGCGUUUAGCCUGAUGACCAUAGCUGUGGGCACAGAUUACUGGCUAUACUCCAGAGGUGUCUGCAAGGCUAAGUCCACUAAUGACAAUGAAACCAGUAAGAAGAACGAAGAGGUGAUGACCCACUCAGGGCUUUGGAGAACCUGCUGCCUUGAAGGAGCUUUCCGAGGAAUGUGCAAGAAAAUUGAUCACUUCCCGGAGGACGCGGAUUAUGAGCAAGACACGGCGGAGUAUUUACUGCGUGCUGUCCGAGCUUCCAGCAUCUUCCCUAUACUCAGCGUUGGUCUCCUGUUUUUCGGUGGUCUAUGUGUUGCUGCCAGCGAGUUUUACAAGAAUAAGCACAAUGUUAUACUCAGCGCGGGGAUCUUCUUUGUAUCAGCAGGAUUGAGCAACAUCAUUGGAAUCAUUGUCUACAUCUCGGCUAAUGCCGGCGACCCAGGGCAGAGUGAUUCCAAAAAAAGCAACUAUUCCUAUGGCUGGUCCUUUUAUUUUGGGGCUUUGUCUUUCAUUAUUGCGGAGAUGGUGGGCGUUCUAGCUGUGCACAUGUUUAUCGAGAAGCACAGGCAAAUAAGAGCCAAAUCUCACUCUGACCUCUUCAGAAAAUCUGCUUUCUCCCGCAUUCCCAGCUAUCGGUACCGCUUUCGAAGGCGUUCCAGCUCACGCUCCACUGAGCCGAGAUCCAGAGAACCUUCUCCUGUUGGUAAGAGCUUCCACACUAUUCCCACUAGUGAUAUAUCCUUGUAUACAUUAACUGCACGUGACCCUACCAAGGUGACUGUGGGCUCCCUGCUAAAUUCUGAAAGGGAACACAAUUUUCUUCAAGUUCACAACUCUAUCCCGAAGGACUAUAAAGAAUCUUUGCACAAUAAUCCUUCCAACAGGCGCACUACACCUGUCUGAAUCCUUCUUACAGAAGACAGAAGAACACAUUUAAACUGCUAGAACCUGGUGGGGAACCCAAAAGCCACCAUGGAAGAUGGGGGAUGCUGCUUCCCUUGCAGUACCUCCAGGAAAACAUCAAGGAGCAUCAGGAAGAUAUUCACCUAACACCCUACCAUCAGAUGCAACAAAUGCUGGAAAUCGAGAUCUGUGUGACUACCUGUCAUGUAUUGUAUUAGUAUUGAAAGAAUAGGCUUUUAGAGAUACAGAUGGAUAAACAGUGGCCUGUGAUUCAGGGAGGAAAAGGAAAGACAUUACCAAUCUAUCGGCUUGUCAUGAAUGCCCAAAGAUGAUAAAGCUCCUCUGAGUGCACAGAGAACGUGGGAUUCUUUUUAUUUUUUCCUUCGGUGGAAAACGGUUUUGCAUAUUCAUUCAGAAGAGAAUCCCACAAUGUGCAUUAGAGAAAAUUACUAUCUAAUCUCUUCGAUUUGUGUUGGUUCCUAAUCAGGCUACGGCCAGGCGCUCAUAACAUUCUGCAAUGGAAAAUAGGACUACAGGAAUAGGAUUAUAUCCUAAUAAUUGUAUUUCAGAUAACCCACCCGUAAUCAUACCACAAUCCAGAAUAACAGGCAUUUUAAAGCUUGACAUUUAAAGGAAUACAAUCACAGGGAAAAAAAACAAAAAACAUUUGUCUAUUUUUUUUUCGUCCACAUUCCGGAAUCAUACAUAAGUUUUCUAAGUCACUACUUAUGUUGAGUUUUUCCCCAAAUAAGGUGCUUUGUAAUUGAUAGUAGAGAUUAAGUGCUUGGAGUCAUUACCAUGUAGGAAAGGGAGCCUCUGGGUAGCGACACCCCUGUUAAGUGGAAACGUAGCCUCUGUUAAUAGUCGCUACAGUAUCUCUUGCAGAAUUUCCAAUACCCUAUUUACUACUUCCUCAAGAGGGAACGUUCGUCAUAAGACUUUAGAAGCGCAUAACCAAUGAGAUGCUGCACCGUGAUCAUGUGACAGGUUACUUGAAGAGGGAGUGGAUGCAGAGGCCUCAGGCAUGCCUUGCCCAAUAAAAGAAAUGAAUUAGUUAUUAUGUGGGAAGAGCAACCAUUUGUGGGUGGGGGUAAUAAAUGGUUCUGUGAAAAUGGCUGAAUACUUUGUUCAGGAAUAGGAAAAAAAUGUAUUGUACUAAAAAGAAAUUGAAACUGCAUUAACGUAGGUAAACUUUUAAUUCCUAACUAAUAAAACAAUAUUUAACUUUUAUUUCCUUAAUGCACAUGCUGGUUUA